AUCCACGCCACUGCUCCUUCAGCGUCUUCUCCUUCGAUUACGCAGGGGGAAAGAUGAGGAGCAGGGUCCUACGUCGGCUGAUUAAUGCCGGAGGAGCACGCUCGGCAAGGCAGGUCGCUGUCAUCGGCGGCAGCGGGAGAACCCUUAUCUCUUCUUGCCCCCUUCGCUCUGUACUACCUCCGACGCAUGUCUCCGGCCCCGCCAUUUCUACUUCGUCGUCCUUUGCUUCUUUGUUUCAUGUCCGAACGUUCUCCUCCUCGUCUGCAGGAAACGUUUGCUUGAUACAGUCAGAGGAACAGUUCUCUAGUGCACUAAACAAAAUUCAAGAUGAGUCUUCACCUGCAAUAUUAUAUUUCACUGCAGUGUGGUGUCCUCCUUGCAGGUUUAUGUCUCCGGUCCUUGAAGAAUUGAGUGGGAAGUAUCCUCAUGUGACCACAUAUAAGAUUGACAUUGAUCAGAAAGGCAUUGAAGACAAAUUAUCUGAGCUGAGGAUUGACUCAGUGCCAAGACUUCAUUUUUUCAAGGAUGGAAAGAAGGUGGAUGAAAUAAUUGGUGCUGAUAUUGAACGCCUGAAGUAUACUAUGGAAAGACUAUACGAGUAGUUGCCUUAUCUCUUCAUUGGGGGCUCAUGGUUACAUUUCUUGACAAGGGUUGCGUGACUGUUUAUUUUUGAGAACCAGGUUUUAUGACUGCUGCAUUAGAGACUUAUGUAGGGAAUCAAGUGCUUUGACAUUGUUCUUUAAUAACCGUUCAUUUCUAUAUAUCUGUUAAAAUUUCUUUGCAGACACGUAAUCGUGAUGAUGAUUGGAGUUUGUGAAGUUUCA